AUGAAAAAAAGUCGCUUUUUUUUCGUUUGCAUUUUUUUUUACCUAUAUCAAGAGAGCAGCCUGGAGCUGAGUAAGAAAUUGUUUGGAGAGAACUCCUCCCUCAUAGAGCAUGAUGAAGACGAUUACGAGCAUGCACAGAAAAGAACGAGGACAUGGCCGGCUGCCUCUACGCCGGACGUGGAUGGCGAUACGUGUUUGAUUUUCUCCGCCACGGAGGGCGACCGGACCAACUGCUGGUGCCCCAGGGGAUACAUCAUGUGUAGCGAGGAGGACGUGCUCAAUGUGCAGUCCAAGCUACACCAAAUUAAGGACUUGAAGCUACGUAACCAAGUCACCCCCCCGUGGAUAAAACGCCUCUGUGAUAAGUCUGAACAAGUCGGGUUCAAAAGUAUGUCUGUUGUAAUAGAUUAUGAGUUAGCAGUUUUGUGCAACGACGAAAGUGAGAAAAGCAAUGCUGAUUUCAAAAUAAUUGGUGCUUCAGGUUUUGUUUCAAACGAGCAGAUCAUUGAGGAAACGAAGAGGGAUGCCACUUAUGUCCCUCGGAAAUGCACUGUAAAUAAUUUUUACCUGUGUCGUAAGGUGGAAAAUGAUAAUGUGGGUUGCCAGUACAGCCCCUGGUCCUCGUGGGGUCCCUGCGUGGACAGCAAGCAGAGCAGAACCAGGAAGGUGAUGCGUUCGAAUCAGCACAAUGAGAAUUUUUGUUUGUGGAAUGGCAAGCGCAUCCCGAGGAGCAUAAUGGAGGAGACGCGCCCCUGCACGGUUCCAUUGGGUGCGGCUGCUCACAAGUAG